AUGCAUGUACCGGAGGAGAUUGUGGACGAGUCUUUUGUGGAAUCAAAUCUGAAACUAGAGUUCCCGAAUGGUGAGGAUGGAGAAUCGGUGAUAACGAUUGGAGAGGAGGUUUUGAUUGCUAUGAAUGGUUUAUGGAAGAGAUGUAUGAUUGUUAAGGUCUUGGGGAGGAGUAUCCCAUUAUUGAGCUUAACAAGAAGGCUGAAAGAGCUAUGGAAACCUGUGGGAUCAAUGUUUGUGAUGGAUCUCCCGAAGAAUUUUUUCAUGGUUCGUUUUGGAGUAGAGGAGGAGUAUAUGAAUGCGCUAUCAGGUGGCCCAUGGAGGGCUUUUGGGAGUUACCUUAUGGUGCAAGCAUGGACGCCUGAGUUUGAUCCGCUGAGGGAUGAGAUAGUUACGACACCGGUUUGGGUUUGUUUAGCACAUAUCGCAGUUAAUUUUUAUCAUAAAACGAUACUGAUGGAGAUUGCCAAGGGGUUAGGAAAACCGAUUAAGGUUGACUGCACCACGCUAAAAGUUGAAAGAGCUAGAUUUACGAGAAUUUGUGUGGAGGUUAACCUUAAUAAGCCAUUGAAAGGGACAGUGAUGAUUAAUGGUGAGAGGUACUGCGUAUCAUAUGAAGGAAUCUCGACGAUCUGCUCGUCAUGUGGUAUGUAUGGACAUCUAGCCUAUUCAUGCCCACGUAAGGUACUGGAGGAAACUCCUAUAAAUGCUGUUGUUCCAGUGGACAUGACACAAAAGAAUAUGGAGGUUGCAGGUAUGGAUACAGAUUUUAUCCCAGUGAAACAGACGAGGAAAGGGCUAACUCAGAAUGGGCAGAGAGGAGUUACACUGCGGAGUAAUGAAAGUAGGGAGAUGGUAGGAAAUAAGACGUUGAUCGGUAGUAAAAGUCGGGGGGCUCGUCAAGAGAGUAUGUCGGAGGAGAUAAGGGUUUUGAAUAGGUUUGGAAGGUUGAAUGUGGAGGAGGAUAUGGAGGAACAAGUGGAGGAGAUAUGUUUCUGGAGGAGCGAGCAAAGAGACUAG